GCCCCAGCCCCAGACCGCCGAGGCAAUGUUUACGUCGCGCGGCGCCCCCAGCCUCAGCAUGGCCUCGCUGCGCUGCGCCCACUUACUCUUCAGGAGGAAUGUGCUGUCAGUGAGGACUUUAAAAAUAUCACAAAACACAUUAUGGACGCUAAGUGGGCGGGGGUGGGCGGCGCGGGUGGGGGCGUGCACAGCUCAACACAGCCUCCUGAGACACGCCAGCAGCAGUAAGCCGCCGCGGCCCAGCCUGGCGGAGGAGCUGCUGGCGGCCAAGGUGCCGCCCGGCCAGGACCAGCAGGAGGCACAGCAGGAGCAGCCCGGCGAGAAGAGCGAGCAGGAGCGGGAGAAGACCUUCAGAACCCUCAAGUAUUCCUUCCUGGCCUUCGGCGUUAUGAUGACCGGCAUGGGGGGCUUCCUCAUAUGGUCUUGGGGAGCCCCAAACGUCGACGAGGCAGGUAACAUUAUCCAGGAUGAGUUCUCCAACAUGAUGUUACCGCAGCAGUACCUUUAUCGCACCUGGAAGGGUAUGCACGACGUCAACAAGAUGAUCCAGGAGCCAUCUCGGGAGAAGCUGUUGCCGGACCCAGUGAAGGAGCCGUACUUCCAGCCGCCAUACACCUUGGUCAUGGAGCUGCGGGACGUGCUGGUGCACCCAGAGUGGACAUAUGAGACUGGCUGGAGAUUCAAGAAGCGACCUGGAGUAGAGUUUUUGCUUCACCACUGCGCUCCACCACUCUUCGAGAUAGUUAUUUACACCAAUGAACAGGGCUUCACGGCGUAUCCUCUCAUCGACCACCUGGACCCCAACAAUUACAUCUGGUACCGCCUCUUCAGGGACUCAACGCGCUAUGUGGAAGGGAAACACAUGAAGGACCUCAGCUGUCUUAACAGGGAUUUGAAUAAGGUGAUCUUCGUGGACUGGGAUAGUGAUGCUGUCUCCUGCACCCGCAACCACCUCAAGAUCAAACGCUGGGACGGCAAUAUGGAGGACCAGUCACUGCUUGAGCUCGGCUUCAUGCUGCGCACCAUCGCAGAGUCUGAGGUUAGCGAUGUACGAGAAGUGAUAGACUAUUAUCGGACUUUUGACGACCCGCUGGCUGCCUUCCGGGAGAAUCAGCGCAAAGCCCACGAGCAGGAGAUGGUCCUCACCCAGAAGGCAGAAGAAGAGCGACAACAGAAAUCCUUUGCAAGCAGCUGGACAUCCUCGUUCUUGCGUAGACGCUAGUGCUCUUGCAUCAUUACAUUCUUAGUGGUGGCCAUGGGUGGUAUCCAGACAUGGCUUUGCUUCCAGACUAUAGUGACAGUGGAGUAGCUAAGAGGACUGCAGUGAGGAUGGAAACAGUGCUGGAAAUCCAACCAGUCAGUGUGGGUUUACCAUGACAGCAGAAAUUUGGGGAAGUUGAGGUGGCCUGACGGUAGAAAAGAUGAACUGUACAGAAAGAGGUACCACAAAAAGUUAAAUUGUCAGUAUCCUCCUUGUGUUUGUGGGCUUACUAAGAUGGGUAGAAGAAAGAGGGAAUUAAGGGAAGUUGAUGCUGCCUGACUAUAUAAAAAAGAUGAGCUGCACAGGAAGAGGUACCACCACUAAAGGUCAAAGUGUCAGUACCAGCCUCAAGUUUAAGAAAUGUAUAAUGGUGCAAAGAAAUUAACAGUUUUAUGUGGUGCAGUAUUUCAUAAUAUUAUCAACCAAUGCAAGGGAGAAGGAUCCCAUGUAGACAGUGUGAAAAUGGAGCACAAGUACCCCAGGGAAGUUUUUGUCCCCUUGCUCAUCUGGUAUUGGCUUCAAGGUGUUUUCAAUCCUCCAUGUCUCAGUGUUACAUUUCAGCAAGCAGUGAUUCUUUCUCUUUACUGUACAUAAAUAGUGAGUUUCUUCGGCUGGUUCAGUUGGGUUUGCUCAUCCACGAACGUCCUCCUUGUGUAGUGGACUUGAUUGAACUGGCCUGUGUGGUGUGCCUUCCUCAGGCCUCGAGAGUUGCCUCGGAAACGGGGUGCUCAAGCAAGGAAGGAAAGGGAAGGAGGGAAACGUACACAACCGCUCUCCUAUUGUGAUUCCCUCUUUUCCUCGCACCAUCUUCAUAAUAAUGUUUAUUGUUUGUAAAUAAACAUGUAAUUUAU